AUGACUCCAGCCACACUCUUUGAAGUGGACCCGACGUUUGGAGACCGGUUCGAGACAUCAGCAACGGCACUGAGUUAUGUGAUAUACGUCCUUGCCAAAGAUCAAGAUGUACAAGAAAAGGUUCGAAGGGAAGUGAUCGAUGCCGUCGGCGCUAACGGCGAACUCGACUACGAAACAGUCAUGAAGAAGCUGAAGUACACGGGACAAGUGGUGGACGAGACAAUGCGCCUGUAUCCACCGGGACUCUCGUUUGUUACUCGGCAGGCCAAGGAAGAAUAUAUAUACAAUGGCACGCGCUUUAAGGCGGGAACGUGCUUCAUGGUGCCACAGUACUACGUGCAAAGGGACCCACGGUAUUGGCCGGACCCGUUGGAAUUCAAACCCGAAAGGUUCUCACCCGAUAACGAAGGGACCUUCAAAAAGACGGCGUACACGGCUUUCGGCGUCGGGCCUCGACAAUGUGUAGGGACGAGAAUGUCAAUGCUGGAGAUGCGGUGCGUCGCCGCCAAGAUUCUGCAGAAGUACCGCUUGGAACUGGGCCCAUCUCAGAAGGGAACAAUGGAGCUUGGGCAGUACGCCAUGGUGUCGACACCUGCUAACGGUCCUUGGAUCUUGCUGCACAGUUUGGCAAAAGAGAACCCUGGAAGCUGAACAUGCAAGGAAUCAGCGGAACCGUGGUGAUUGGUCUGUGAGCCAUGGUGUCAAAACAGGCUAAAGGUCCUUGGAUCUUGCUGCACAUAUCGACGAAAGAGAAUCUUGCAAGCUGAACGUGCAUGCGAACAGUGUAAAUAGUCAAAUAAAUAUUGUGU